CGUCUGGAGGUGCUUCGCGCUUCGCGCCGCGCCCCAAACAGCCGGAGCGGGGCUCGGGGCGUGGCGCUUACGUAAACACGCGUGGCACAAAGCUCGUGUUGCAGGCGGCGCGGUGCCGCGCCACUGUCCGUCCUAGAACGACCCCAUGUUGGCCCGCGCCGCCUCCUAAGUUUAUGUGGAUAGUAGCGCGCACCCUGCCGCGCGGCCGCCGCUGCCACUGUCACCACCGCCGAUUAACGCGCUUAUAGCAUCAAUAGUGGAGAUGCAGACGCGCACAGCGCUGAUGGCGCUAGCCGCGCUUGGAGCGCUGGCGGCGGCGGCGGCGACAGCGGUGGCAGCGGAGCGAGGCAGCGGCAUCAAGGUCGGCGGGGGAGGCGUGGGCGUAGGCGCGCGAGACGCAGGCCGCGGCGGCGGAGUACGCCUCGGCGUCGAUGGACUUCGUCGGCCACGCACCUCGCCUGUUCCACCCCCGCCUCGUGCACCUUCCUCCAUAACAGCAGCGCUUGUCGUGCCACAUAAAGCCUUUGGCACUCGUGAUUACACUAAGGCCGAGAAGGCAGCGCUAUCGAAAUUGCCGCGUAAACUGAAACUCUUCUCACAUGUGCGCCUAAAUAUUACGCUUUCUACUCAAGGCUUGACGCCUAGUCCUAUGUCUAUCCUGGAUUCGCUAUGUAAAGAAUUUCUAGCAGUCAAUGUGUCUGCUAUCCUCUAUCUUAUGAAUCAUGAACAAUAUGGGCGCUCUACUGCCUCUGCACAGUAUUUUCUACAACUCGCCGGCUAUCUUGGCAUACCGGUUAUAGCCUGGAACGCAGAUAACAGCGGUCUUGAAAAACGAGCGUCGCAUGCAUCGUUACGUUUGCAACUCGCUCCCUCUAUAGAACAUCAAACAUCGGCCAUGCUGUCGAUACUAGAAAGAUACAAAUGGCAUCAGUUUAGUGUUGUGACAUCAGCAAUAGCAGGCCAUGACGAUUUUAUACAGGCCGUACGCGAAAGAGUUACGGCCCUUCAAGAUCGAUUUAAGUUUACAAUAUUGAAUGCAAUCGUAGUGAAACGGUCUUCGGACCUAAACGAGCUAGUUACAAGUGAGGCGCGCGUUAUGCUGUUGUACGCGACGCGUGAAGAAGCCGCCGACAUUUUGUCGGCCGCAGGUGACCUGCACCUCACUGGCGAGAAUUUUGUAUGGAUUGUCACACAAAGUGUUCUUGGUUCCAUGCAACAACCGAAUAAAUUCCCUGUAGGAAUGCUAGGCGUUCAUUUUGAUACGUCAAGUUCAUCGCUGAUUGCCGAGAUAGCGACAGCAGUAAAGGUAUUUGCGUACGGAGUGGAAUCUUAUGUUUCGGAACCUGAGAACAUACGAUAUCCGCUGGGAACACGGCUAUCGUGCAGCGGCGCGGGUGCAGGCGAGGCGCGCUGGUCCACAGGGGAAAGGUUCUACCGACACCUGCGGAACGUCAGUGUCGAGGGUGAGGCGGGCCGGCCGAGCAUUGAGUUCACACCCGAUGGAGAACUAAAAGCGGCCGAAUUAAAAAUUAUGAAUCUACGACCCGCCUUAGGAGAACAGUUGGUAUGGGAGGAAAUCGGUACGUGGAAUUCUUAUCCACGGGAAAGGUUGAUUAUUAAAGACAUAGUAUGGCCAGGAGGUUUGCACACUCCACCUCAAGGUGUGCCAGAGAAGUUUCACAUGCGAAUAACAUUCUUGGAGGAACCGCCCUACAUCAACCUGGCGCCACCGGACCCUGUCAGCGGGCGGUGUUCGCUGGACCGCGGCGUCAUUUGUCGCGUGGCGCCCGAAGUCGAAGUAGCUGGUUUGGAAGCUGGAGCGGCUCAUGGUAACAGUUCACUGUAUCAGUGCUGUAGUGGGUUCUGUAUAGACUUACUGCAGCAAUUAGCCGAGCAACUCGGCUUCACUUACGAGCUCGUUCGAGUCGAAGACGGUCGUUGGGGUACUUUGCAUAACGGCAAGUGGAAUGGCCUCAUUGCAGACUUGGUCAAUAAAAAAACUGACAUGGUCCUAACAUCGCUCAUUAUAAAUUCGGACAGAGAAGCGGUUGUGGAUUUCAGUGUACCAUUUAUGGAAACUGGUGUCGCAAUUGUAGUAGCCAAGCGAACAGGCAUCAUAUCGCCGACAGCGUUCCUGGAGCCAUUCGACACGGCGUCUUGGAUGCUCGUGGGAGCGGUCGCUAUACAAGCGGCUACUUUCUCCAUCUUCUUCUUUGAGUGGUUGUCGCCAAGUGGAUUUGAUUGCUCAACUGGCAAUAAUUCUAAACGUGUGCCGCAAAAUCGCUUUUCUUUAUGUCGGACUUACUGGAUCGUUUGGGCUGUUCUGUUUCAGGCGUCAGUACAUGUAGACUCACCUCGAGGUUUCACCGCCCGUUUCAUGACCAACAUGUGGGCUAUGUUCGCGGUAGUAUUUCUUGCGAUAUAUACUGCCAAUCUAGCUGCAUUCAUGAUCACGCGAGAGGAAUAUCACGAGUUGAGUGGAUUAGAUGAUCCACGAAUAGCGAGGCCACUCACUCAGCGACCCCCAUUGAAGUUUGGAACGGUACCAUGGUCACAUACUGAUGCCACCCUUGCCAAAUAUUUUACAGAACCACAUGCCUACAUGGCUCGAUAUAAUAGGAGUACAGUAAGUGCAGGCGUCACAUGUGUUCUAACAGGUGAACUCGAUGCCUUCAUUUACGAUGGCACCGUAUUAGAUUAUUUAGUUUCUCAAGAUGAAGACUGCAGGCUGUUAACAGUAGGUGCAUGGUAUGCAAUGUCCGGUUAUGGAUUAGCGUUUACACGUAAUUCUAAAUAUGUCAGUAUGUUUAAUAAACGACUACUCGACUUACGAGCCAAUGGUGAUCUGGAAAGAUUACGUAGGUACUGGAUGACGGGGACGUGUAAACCUAAUAAGCAAGAACACAAGUCGUCCGACCCUCUGGCGUUGGAACAAUUUUUGUCCGCAUUCUUAUUGUUGAUGGCGGGCAUUCUGCUCGCAGCACUAUUGCUGCUGCUCGAGCACGUGUACUUUCGAUACCUGCGUUCACAUCUCGCCGCGUCCAGUGCGGGCUCGUGUUGCGCGCUAGUGUCUCUAUCAAUGGGUCAAUCCCUUACAUUUCACGGCGCCGUCGUAGAGGCGGCGGCGCGUGGUUUUGGAGAAAGGAGUCACUGCCGUUCUGCAGUUUGUGCUGCACAGGUAUGGCGAGCUCGACACGAGCGUGACAUGGCGGUGGCGCGCGCCCGUCAAUUGGCGGCGGCGCUGGCGGCGCACGGGCUGGCUGCGCCGCCACGUCGUUUAGCAUCAGCGGGUGCUCUCCUGGCGGUGGGCCGUCACGACGCCACACAUGUGCGCACGCUGCGACCGCCUGCCGAUCUGCUGCCCGACCUCGAUAGACCGCUCUCUUGCGGCGAUUUACGCUCAAGAGAGCGGACGCGAGUAGAAAUGGAAACAGUGCUGUGAGGCGUGUAUAGCGCCACCCUAUUUCAAUUCCUGAAGGCUGUUCUUACACCAAGUUAUACAAAACGAAAUUAGUUAUACCUAAUGUUAAAAUAUGGACAGAUAAAAAAAGCGUUGUAAUUAUUAAAUAAACUUACAAUUAUUAAAACAGAGAGCUGGACGUAGAUAGCGAAGCGUUGUUGUGGGACCCGCGCGCGGCGCAGGCUGGGCGCCGGGCGCGUGCCCCCGUGUUGUCUACUACAAUAAAAUAUAUUUUUUGGACAA